CAAGAUGUUGGAGUACAUAAGAUUUUUACUCACUUUGGUGUUUGUCGCAGGAUUAAGUUCAUGUGAGAAAUACAACUGCUUUACUUCUGAUUAUAGCGAUACUAAGCAUACAGAUAUGGAGAUUAAAUGUAGAGAAGGCUGCACUGGCAUUGUUCCAAACUGUAAGCCACAUUGUGCUAAGUGUCCUAUGAACAGUAAGUGCACGAAACCAAAUUUUUGUGAAUGUGACUCCGGGUAUAGAAAGAGGAACGAAACUGAGCUCAACAUGGUGCCAUACCAGAAACUGACAGACUUACAGAGUUGCAUACCCAUUUGCAACGAGGGUUACACAGUGGUUGUGAAUAGCAAUGGGACUGUGGGUAGCUGCACAAAAUUAAACAACAAUACUUUGACUGAAAUUCAUAUCGUUAUCUACAGCCUUUUGAUUUGUUCAUUAAUAUUAUUAACGCUAGCUGGUAUUUUCAUGGUUAUUGCAUUGUUGAAAAGAGAAAGUCUUCAACGAUCAGUCGAAAAUAAUCGAACAAGUUCAUGGCGUACUUCGUUCGCUUCGUAUACGUCAUAUGAACUGAAAUAAAAUCUACAAAUUGUACUAUAUUUUCAAAAAGAAAUUUAAUUUAAAUUUUUUUAAGCGUUACUCAUUUAAUAAAGUUUGUAAAAAGUAUACUGUAUAA